AUGAGUGUGCUGUGGCAUGAAGCAAAACCAACCAAAGCAAUGAGACGGGAACAGGCACAUACAAAUGCGAAAAAUCAUCUAUCUGCGUCCUACGUUCCAGGACCAAUUCCCGACUCAACACGGUCUCGACAUGCUCCACUAUAUGGUCGACUUGUUUCGGAGGAACACCUGCCAGCUUCGCAUCGUGAUGUGCACCAGCGCUCAAUCAGCCCAUCAUCAUCAUCAACAGACAUUCGGGCGAUGCAAGCUAGAAUUCCGACACAUUUCAGAGAUCCAUCGUUGGCGCCACUUCGGAAGUUGAGCGUUGAUUUAAUCAAAACCUACAAGCACAUAAAUGAGUUUUCGAUGUUGUUUGGUGAAAAGUCAAUAGACGAUUGGAGAUGUAAAAGUUGUCUAGGAUUUUGGGAAACGAGCAAAGUUAUUGAAAACUGA